AACUCUCCCAUACUCGAGAGGCGCUGUUGUUUUUUUCACUUGAUGCGUGGGCGCAGCGGUUCGUGACGUUCGCGGCAAUUCAAACAAUCACAAAGACAUGGCCAACAUGGAAGUACGAGAUAGCGAUAAAAGUAACACUUUUAUGACUAACGACGACUGCUUCAACCAAGCAACACUUGUCGCCUCACGGUGGAUUCUAGACUUCCUUUUUGUAAGUGUGUGUCGUCGUUUUAAGGAAGGAAACCACGAGGCGUUCAAAGACGCCAUGUCUACUUACAAGUGCUUUUCUCAUCAGGUCUCGCUUACAGGAGAAAUGUCAGACGAGAGAAGUAGAAUAUGUGACUUCCUCGCUGGAGUCAUGCAGGGAAAGAAGAUAGACGCACACGUUGAAGAUGACGACAAUGUGAUGCCGCUCAUAUCUGCGACCGAAGUGUGGCUGGAACUCAAAGACGCCGUGGAAGACGACAGUUUGUUUGAAAACAUCACCGUUCUCCUGAUGAUUCAGACUGUAGCUGUGUGCUUGGAAAAAGGUAAAAAAACAUCAGCGAACUGCGCUCUCAAGUGGUUUGAUGAAUAUGCUGAAAUCCCGCAGAAACUGGUAGCCAAACUUUCCGCCAUCGUUGCACAGAUGGACACCUACCAUCCAUUCUUCACCAGUUUCAGCUUCAGUCGACUACUGGAGUCGGUGCAGUCAUAUUUGGACACCUACCUGGGCAAGAAUUCGUCUGACUAUCUUUUUAAGGAAGCCAUAAAGACAAUCCAGAGUGGGGAUGCUAAGGACGCCAUGGCGACAGAGGUCAAAGCUCCCUCAAAGAAGACCACCUCAGAGCAGGAGAAGACAAACGGAACAAAGCACCAACUUCAGUUCGCCCUCAAGACGCCGCGCGUUUGCCUUCCAAAUAUAUCAGUGCAAGAGCUACUGUCCAUCAAAUCGGUGUCCACGAGCAAGGAGGACAAAAGCAUGGACGCUAUGGAGGACACUCUGCUCUUACAGAAGGACAAAGUCCGGACAAAACGCAAACUUUUCUCCACUAAAGCAAGUGUGUGGGACGCAGAUCCUAAAAAGUGCGUCAAACCAUCAGUGGUAAAAGAAACAAACACUUCGUUUACUAGUAAGGCAAAGAGACAGAAAUGGACCUCCGAGCUGGACAAGAAACUCAAAGAUGGCAUCAUGCGUCACGGCAGGGGAAAUUGGGCUCAGAUCUUGUUGGACGACGACUUUAAGGGCCGCACGGGCACCAUGCUAAAGGACCGCUGGAGGGUUCUAGUAAAGGCCCAUAAAGUUGACUGAAGAUGCAUUUGAACACAGUAUGUGUAAGCUUAUCAUUUGUAGAUGUGUAUUUUUCUGUAGCACCUUAUGGCAAUUAAGUCUUUAAUUAAGCUUACAUACUCAGUUUAUACAACAGAUGAUAAAUCAAGAGUAUCAAAGGUUAUCUUGGCUGACAUUAUGGCCUCCUUUAACUGCAAACUGCUUCAAUCCACAGCAACACUGCUAACUGCAACCACAUAAUGCAUUUUAUUUUCUGUCAUCGUCAACAGCAGCGUCAUUUUUAACAAUUAUGAGCCUGGCAAGUUCAGAGACUAUUCCAUGUCAGCAAGAUGUUAACUAUUUGGCCCCACAAGUUUUUGGAAAGGCAAAUGACCACAUCCAGCAUGUGUGCAUGGGACUUUCAUGGGGCUGUCAAAAGGUUUUUACAUAAUUGAGAAAGACCUGGAAGGCUAUUUUAAUGGCAAGCAUCGUUAAGCACGGCUGCAACAGCUUUAAAGUAAAAGUUAAUUGUGUUGGAAAGGUAUGAAGAGACAUUAUACCUGUGUGUUUAAUACAUACUUGCCAACCCUCCCGAAUUUUCUGGGACACUCCAGAAUUUCAGUGCCUCUCCCGAAAAUCUACCGGGACAACCAUUCUCCCGAAAAUCUCCCUAUUUCCAGCCGGACAACUAUAUUGGGGGCGUGCCUUAAAGGCACUGCCUUUAGCGUCGUCUCUCACCUGAAAAGAAGACUGUAAUAUAUGUCUCCGUUAUCCAUAGGUUUAUCUAUAACCCGUAACACGGUGGCCGAAUGGAUAUAGUCACUCAUGAACGGUCAGAGAAGCACAAGGCGUCAGCAACGCGGUGUUAUGGGCCACCUUGCAAGCAACAUCCCGUUCUCAUCUGCGGAUGUUAUCAACAAAUCCGUGAAGGAUAUGUUUCCGGAUUCAGAGAUCGCUCGUCAGUACUCAAAUGGCAGAACAAAAGCCACUCAAAUAGUGAAAGGUAAGUGGUUGUUUUUUUUAAGUAAGCAGCAAGUACAGUACAGUUAGAACAACUGUGUUUUCAUUACUGUUUACUGUACUAAUAUAUAUAUAUAAUUAAUUUCAGUAAAUUCUAGCUAUAAAUAUACUCCUCCCCCUUAACCCCGGCCCCCCCACCCCCCAAUCCGGAGGGCUCAAGGUUGGCAAGUAUGGUUUAAUAAGUGCACCCAUUACAGUAUAUUUUAUUGCUGUAGUAGGUGCACUUGCCACUAGAAGGCGUCAUUUGUAAAGAAAGACAUGGUUUGUUUUCAUGUUGAAAUACAGAAAAUAAAUGGAAAAAAUACA